AGGUGUGGUGAUUAGGCUUAUUUAUCUUUAAUACCUUGUACAUCAAUGGUAUCUUGAAUUUUGACACUUUCAGAAAAUUGUCUCUACAUUCCAUGUCCCUGGUCGGUUCGUAGAAUCUGCGUAGUUUCGUUAUCCUGACGUUUUAUAUAAAGCCUCGCUGUGAAUUUCGUGCAACUCUCCGAAGCGGAGCUUAUAGACAAAGACCCAACAACUGACGAGGAACCAGACAUGGAUAGUUCUCCAACAAUGCUCAUAUUUUUUAUCACAAUCGUCUCAUUCUUUGGACUAGGGGAGUGCGGAGAAUGCUGUCGUAUACGUAACAUCUUAACCUCUGACACUGAUGAGGUUUGGUGCUCUGACUACUGCUGUAUAAGCCUGGGAAACACCUACUGUUGUGACAGCAGAUACCUGCAGGCUCCAGAGGAGGACCGACUCUCAUUCUGUACUGACUGGUUCCAUGUUUAUGUGUGGGUACCUAUUGUUGUAUCGAUUGGGAUAGUGGUACUGUGCAUCGGAUGCUGCAUCUGCUGUUGCCGAGCCUGCUUUGGCAGAAGAUCGAGGGAGACCAUCAUUGUCCAGGGCGGACAGCCAGGUGGGACCACAGUGGUUGCCCAGCAACAAGCGACCAUGAUAAAUCCUGUUGGUCACGCACCUUCUCCCUACAGCGCUGGAUACAACCAGCCUUGAAUGGUGGUCAAAGAACAACAAACAAGAUUUCGUAGUCCGUUAUCAUGAACAUUUUUUGCUCACCGAGACAAAGUCAAGGGGAGCUUAUGCUAUACCCCCAGUGUUGGCGUCGGCGUCCGGACCUGGUUAAAGUUUUUCUAGGCUAUUGCUUGUCCUAUCUUCACCAAACUUGCAUGGAUGAUGCAUCUGGACCAACUUAUGGACUUGAAAGACUUGGAUGCUGAAUCUGGGUCCUAAAUUUCAGAUGCUGAAGGAGGUUAAGGAUUUUGGAGCAGGUUAAAGUUUUUGUUGCAGGUGCCCUUUGAUAGCAAUAUCUAAGUAAAUCCUGGUCCUAACUUCACCAAACUUGCAUGGAUGGUGUGUCUUAUGAUACUGAUGCACCAGACAGGCUUGAGUGCUGAAUCUGAGCUAUAGGUUUCGGAAGCUGGAGGAGGUUAAGGUUUUUGGAGCAGGUUAAAAUUUUUUGUUGCAGGUGCCCUUUGAUAGCAAAAUCUAAGUUACUCCUGGUCCUAACUUCACCAAACUUGCAUUGAUAGUGUGUCUUAUGAUACUGAUGCACCAGACAGGCUUGAGUGCUGCAUCUGAGCUAUAGGUUUCGGAAGCUGGAGGAGGGUAAGGUUUUUGGAGCAGGUUAAAAUUUUUGUUGCAGGUGCCCUUUGAUAGCAAUAUCUAAGUUACUGCUGGUCCGUACUUCAUCAAACUUCCAUGGAUGGUGUGUCUUAUGAUACUGAUGCACCAGACAGGCUUGAAUGCUGAAUCUGAGCUAUAGGUUUCAGAUGCUGGAGGAGGUUUAGUUUUUUGGAACGGGUCACAUGUUUUAUAGAUGAUAGCUUGCAUAGUUGAUUUAACUAUAUUAUAAAUGAAACGCAGCGGUUGCUUCAGAUGCAGAGCCUGAUCUCCAUUAUCAAGGAUGCUAAAGAAAUCUCCUACCUCACUAAAACCUGCUUGAUUGAAAGAUGUGGUUGUUGUUAAAUGAUAUAACAUGAUUCCUAUGAUAAAGUAUUGUAUGAUAUGAAACACUAUAAUUGUUUAAUAUGAUACAAUAUAAUAUCAUAUGUUAUAUUGUAAAAAGGUAUAUGUUACGAUAUGAUAUUGUAUCAAUAUUUUUGAUAUUUUAUGAUAUGAUAUUGUAUCAUGAUAUUAUUCUGUAUAGUAUUGUAUAUUAUGAUACAAUAUUAUAUAAUAUUAUAUUGUAUCUAUAAUAUUGUAUCAUACGAUAUUGUAUAAUAUGGUAUCGGUUUCUGUAAUAUACAAUUUUACACAUG